CACGAGUUGGUAUUAUGUAGCAACCGAUGGACCACGGAGAGAAUUUCUUCCCCUGUCCUCAUCACAAACACUGGCUCGUUUAACGGUAGCCGCCUAUUGGAUCACGCGGCUGUACAAGCGAGAAACGCACACGCACACAGUCGAGAACUGAGACCGUGAGCGGGGGUGAGAAGUCUCGAAACGUUUAACCGUACCGGUGGACCGGAUUCUCGAGGAUGCACCUCGCAUUCCACUCGUUCCACUCGUACGUGUCGCGCACCAGACGCACUUCCGUCAUCGCGUUCAGACAAACAUUUUUAUCGUUUUGAAUUAAACUUGAUACUGUAUUAUUAAUAAUAAUAGUAAUUACAAUACUAAUAACAACUUUUAUGUGCAUAAGUGUUUAGUGAUUUAAUGACUUGUGACGUAUUUAAACGUGAAUAGUGUACAAAUAUAUUAUUUAUUUAAUAAUAAAUAUCUAGACAUAUUUAUUGUAGAUAUUUUCAGUGAACUUUGUAUAUUUGUGGUGGGUUGAUAUACUACUUGAAUAAACUGGAUAUUGCAUCGACAGCAGCACCUUUAGAUUACUCAGGAUUCGGUCGUACAGAUUGUUCAUCACCGGACAACGAUCGGACCACGUCAUCAGCGAAUUAUUAUGCACGUUGCGAGAUGGUGUGCUCCGUGACCAGCGCCGAGAGCCUCCGUAAUAGCGGUAUAACAGAGGCGACUCGUGUCCAUCAUCAUACUUUGGAUACGUCACCCCAUCAUAAUCAUAACAAUAACAAUAACAUUAGUAGUAUUAAUAAUAGUAAUAGCAGUAGUAAUAGUAAUCUAAACAAUAAUCAUCCACUGGUACUUGGUGUGAGAGAUCGGGCUGAAAUAAUAGACGCAAUGUCAUCAUUGAGUGAUGCACAUCGUCGCAAUGGUCACUUGGAUUCCGGUGACCGAAGUUCGUCGGCUGGAUCCUCUUUGGGCUCUUGUUCACCACCGCCGGCUUCAAGUCACUCGCCACCACCACCGCGGCCACCCUGGCUGCACGAUUUUCAUGCCGCGGCAUCACCCCAUGUCCUACAAUUUUUAAAUUUAAGCGCCGCCGGCGGUGGUAUGCUCGCAGCGAGCCAACCACUUGCUGCGCUGCACUCUAUGGCCGAACGCAGUCACCAACACCAGCAACAGCAGCAGCAAUUGCAGCAACAGCAACACGCUGCCCAACAGCUACAACGCCAGCAGUCAAUUAAUUUAUCGGCGGGGCAAAUAAAUUCGACCCCACCGCAGGGUCAGGCCUCGCCAACGGGCAGUGGGAAACACAGCCCGGCAACUUCUGUCACAUCCGUGGGCAGUAAUCCACAUGGUAUUGAUAAUAUAUUGUCACGACCAGCUGCCACACAUCCUCAGGUACCAUCUUCAGCGGCUCAUGCGCUCGCAUCUACCCCAACUCAUCCCCAGCAUUUGGCUGCACCAAGAUACGGCAUGCAUGCUGGAUUCACAGCAUCUGCAGGUCUCGGGCAAUUUCAACAACGAACAGAAGCACGUCAUCCAGCAGUUUAUUGGCCUGGGCUACAAGGUCUUGUUAGUGACCCUUUGGCAUGGCGAGCUCGGCUACAUUCGUUGUCACAGCAGCUGGGUUGUCAACAAGCGAUGUCAGGAGCUGUCGGCGGUGGUGCUGGUGGUGAGCACGAUAACGGCAAGAAGAAACACACAAGACCGACGUUUAGUGGACAACAGAUAUUUGCCCUCGAGAAGACAUUCGAGCAGACCAAAUACCUCGCAGGACCAGAGCGCGCUAAAUUAGCUUACGCUCUGGGAAUGUCUGAAUCCCAAGUCAAGGUUUGGUUCCAAAACAGACGGACAAAGUGGAGGAAAAAGCAUGCGGCCGAGAUGGCAACGGCCAAGCGACGUCAAGAAGAAGUUGAAGGUGUCGUUGCAGACAACGAGGACGGAUGCAGUGACGGUGAAAGCGAGUCGACCGGUGAUACAGCCGCCAAGAGGCUCAGACGAGAGCUGGAGCAACAGUACGGACCGUGAGAAAAGAUGAUACUUGGGGGUGGAAGGCGUGGCCGUGGACUGUAGAGGCGGGUACAACGACGAUAUUGGGGUGCGAGCGACGUCCAACGAGGGAAGAAACUCGUCCACCAGGAACAGCUAAACCACCAGGCUAGCUUCUCAACACCAAUUGCUAUAUUCUACUGAUGUACGUCGAACCAACGAGUACAGUUAACAAGAGCAAGAGCUAAAGCAAGAGCAAGAGCAAGAGGGUUUCCAACGACCCUUUUUCUUUAUUUUCUCUUUACUUUUCCUUUUUGUCUCAACUGUAGAAUUUUUUUUCUGCUCCUUUAUCUCUCUGUCUCCCGUAUCCCGGUUCUCGCGCGACACGACUUUGACUCGCGGGGAUCAAUGAUGCUGAUGCUUUUUUUUUUCUUUAUUUUUUCUAAAGAACGAAAUCUUUAGUUUUACUUGGAUUGGUUACUGUGGGGAAUCGUGAUUGAUACCUCAAUAAAGUUUUUUAAGAUUUGAACCUCAAGGUUUGUUGGCAAAGAUUUAGGAUUUUAAGAUUAAAGAUUCCCGGAUUAAAGUGGAAAAUAAAUAAAUAAUUAUUUAUAUAUGAUUGUUUAUUUGAUAUUUACACAGAUUUUGAUAUAAAUUUAACUGUUGUUCAGUCAGAGUAGUUUUGUUUUUAAAUUUGAAUCUACGUUAUGCAAACUGGGUAUAAUUUUAAAUUUGUAUAUAAAUUAUGUAACAAUUUAUUUCGAAAUCAGUGCAAUACAUUCCAUUACCGUCAGUAGUACUGUCUAUUUGAAUCGCGGGUGAAUUGAUUUAAAAAAUAAAUAUAUAUAUACGUAAAUAAAUAAAUACGUGGGAGUGAAAAAUGGUGAAGAGUUUGCUGGAUAUGACGUCUGGCUUGGACACUAAACUGUAUAUUCUGUAGAUAUGAUAACUGUGAUUGUGAUAUUUGGCGUUUUAAAUGCAACCUCGAUGUAAGUAGACGUAGCGAAAACCGUUGUAAUAUUACUAUAUUAUAUAAAUAUAUAAAUAUAUAAAUAUAUUGAUCUCGGAGGGUUAAAAAUAUAAAUAUAAUGAUGUCGAGAUUAAAUUUUUGAAAGACAUUACCUCGAUUUUAAAUAUAUUAUGGACUUGUGUGCUGACGAAACUCUUUAAUGCGGAUGGGUUUUAAAGAGUAAAGACUUGGGCUACACUCAUUUAUUUAUAAUCAACUGUACAGUAUUUGGAAUAUAAACCGUUAAUUAUAUGUAGCGACAAUCUGUAUAAAUUAAUUGAUUAAUUAAAUAAAAAAGACACUGUAUAAAUUAUACAUAAAUGUUACUCAUCGCUUAUGUAUUAUAUCUCUGAUUUAAUAAA